UGUGUUUAUUUAUCGUUCUUGAUAUUUUAAGAGUCUUACGCGCUUAAAAUCCCAACAAUUGGCAUCAGAGCCAAGUUACAUUUGGGGCGGAGGGAUUUCUAAGCCGUAAGAGAAGAAAAUCGAAGAACUUGAAAAAUGGCAUCAGUAAAAAGUUCGAAUGUUUCUGUCGAACCUUUCGAUGGACGUGGCGAUUUUACUCUGUGGCAACAACGAGUAAAAAGUGUUCUUACUCGGGAAGGGACAAUUAAAGCUCUGAAGGUGAAGGUUCAGAUGACAGAAAAAAUGACGGAUGCUGAGUGGGCCAAACACCGGAAGAACGACAAGCCAGAAAAAUUAUCGGAAGAAGAGUGGGAGGAUUUGAAGGACAUGGCAACAAGUACAAUAUGCUUAUGCCUUGCAAAUAAUACUCUUCGAGAGGUUCUCGGUUUGACGGACCCGGUGGAUAUUUGGGAGAAGUUAGAGAGCCGGUACAAGUCGAAAUCAUUGACAAGUAGGCUAUAUUUGAAGAAACGAUUGUUUGGUCACCAAAUGGCGGAAGAAGCUAACUUUAAUGGACACUUGGAUGAAUUCAACAAGAUAACAACAGAGUUGGAAUCCAUUGAUGUGAAGAUUGAAGAGGAGGACAAGGCGCUGCUUUUGUUGGCUUCAUUGCCUUCAUCUUUUGACAACAUCGUGACCACGCUCUUGUUUGGAAAAGAGACCUUAAAAUUUGAUGAAGUAGUUGUUGCGUUGUUGAUGAAUGAGACUCGGCGGGGUGGCAACGGGAUAUCAAAUGAUGGUCAAGCUUUGGUAGCAAAAGAAGCUGGUCGAAAACGAGGACGGUCUAAAGAGAGGGGCGGCGUGUCCCAACGCUUCAAAUCGAGUAGUAAAAGCUUUCGGUGUUACUACUGCGAUGAAGAGGGUCAUUUCAAAAGGGAUUGUCCAAAGAGGAGGAAGGAAAAGAAGGGUGGGAAAACACCCGUGACUGCGGUUGCAGAAAGUUCAAACCAAGCAAGUGAAGAAGACUUGUUUUUGGCAACCACAAAGAGUCUAGGUAAAUCGGAUUAGAUAUUAGAUUCGGGUUGUCCGUUUCACAUGUGUUCAGUUAUAUUAGUAACAAUGUGGGAUUUUAGUUUUAAAAAAAGAGAAAUAUCAAGUAGAAGAACACAUAAAAAGAGCUUUUCUUAAAUUUAUUUGUCCAUUUAAUUAACUUCUUUGGGAACACCUUCAUCAUAAAAGCAUUAAAUUUUG